AUGUCCAUUUCAUGCAGAACUUCUGUACUAGAGAAAGCUUCAAAAUCAGUUUGGGAUUUAAUUUUAGACAACAAUGGCUUGGGAAAGGAGAUAAGUGAGACAGUUGAAAGAGUGUUUUGCCGAUUGAGCGGUCAGGAACCUCCUUUAUUUCCGCUUCUAAAUGGAGAACCACAACCUGAAAAGGAGGCUGACAGCAGAAAAGAAAAAGGUAAAGGAAAGCAGAAAGAAAAUGAAAAUACGAGUUUGAUUACUCCUCCAUCAAAGAAACGAAGCUUCGGGGAAUUAAAUUUGGAUGGUGCAGAUGAAACUGCCACGAGGUCCUCUGAUCCUGCAGCAAUAUCAGAAGUUUCUGGCAAAUCGCCUUUAUCGAUUUCAAAGACUUGA